AGAUCACGAGAACCAUUGAGAUCCACACGACCUUUCCUUGAUUAAUUUCAUAUUCCCUAAGGUUUGCCAAAAGGAAUGCAACCUUAGGAAAAGUGGUUCAUGAGAGUCAAACUGUAAUAUACGACAAUAAAUCUUAACCUUAAUGAACCGUUGCUGCUCUGUUCUAUCGGAUUUUCAAACAUGCAGAGCUCGGCUUUCACUCUCUCCCUCACCCCUUUCCGCAAACCCUUCCUCCACCAUCUUUCCGUCUCUUCUUCUUCUUUCAUUUCCUCUUUCAGUUCCAAAGCCAACAUCAUCAAUGUGGAUUCUUCAUUUUCAUGUUCAUUCCUACGCCAACCAGCAACACCAUCAUGGCCUCUUUCUUCUUCAUCCUCUUUCAAACUACCCUCCGAUCGCUUCGUCCCCAAGGCUGCCGCGGAGAGUGCCAGCGAAAACCGCAGCAGCGGCGGCGACGUUUUGCUCAGAGCUUUGAAGCUAGGAGCCUUGUUUGGUCUUUGGAUCAUCUUUAACAUAUACUUCAACAUCUACAACAAACAGGUAUUGAAGGUGUACCAUUUUCCUAUAACUGUCACCGCGGUUCAAUUUGCUGUUGGGGCUGCCCUUGUGUCCUUUAUGUGGUGUUCCAAUCUUUACAAGAGGCCAAACCUCAGUGGUGCUCAGCUUGCAGCCAUAUUGCCACUGGCUGUGGUACAUACUUUGGGGAAUCUUUUCACUAAUAUGAGUCUUGGCAAGGUUGCUGUGUCUUUCACACAUACAAUAAAGGCAAUGGAGCCUUUCUUUUCUGUGAUCCUUUCUGCUAUGUUCCUUCGAGAGAUGCCUACUGCAUUGGUGAUUGGCUCCCUUGUGCCUAUUGCUGGUGGGGUGGCACUGGCUUCUGCUACCGAGGCCUCUUUCAAUUGGACUGGAUUUUGGAGUGCAAUGGCUUCUAAUUUGUCAAAUCAAUCUCGUAAUGUUCUUAGCAAAAAGCUCAUGGUUAAGGAGGAGGAAUCAAUGGACAACAUUACCCUCUUCUCAAUAAUUACAGUUAUGUCCUUCCUAUUGACGGCACCUUUGACUCUCAUUAUGGAGGGUUUCAUAUUUACCCCUGCUUAUCUGCAUUCUGCUGGAUUAAAUGUUAAACAAGUGUACAUCAGAUCUCUUCUUGCUGCAUUCUGUUUCCAUGCAUAUCAACAAGUUGCUUACAUGAUAUUACAGUGGGUGUCACCCGUUACCCACUCCGUGGCAAAUUGUGCUAAGAGAGUUGUGGUUAUUGUGAGCUCUAUCUUGUUCUUCCGUACACCUGUCUCACUUGUCAAUGCAAUUGGAACUGUUAUAGCUCUUGCUGGUGUUUUCUUCUACUCCAGGGUGACCAGAACUAAACCAAAGACUACUUAGUUUUCGUUGUAAAAUUUUGUUACUUACAUAACAAGCCAUUUAGUUAAGUUUGUUCAUUUUUGUUUAGAGAGAGAGGGUCACUUUUUUUUUACCCUUCCUUUUUCUCUCUAGUUUUGUAGUGAUUUUGUUGUGUAUAUCAUUAUUUAGGAAAAUGAUGGUCUGAUUCCAUAUUUUCUCUUUACAUAUUAAUGAUCUCCUAAUGAACAUUUCUAAAA